GUGGGCAGCUGGGACAUGAUGCUGAAAUCCUUUGUUGUUGUUCCCACAGAACGAGCAGCUGGGGUGUACCACCGGGAGUCACGCUCAGGGAAGUACCAGCUCACCUAUGCAGAAGCAAAAGCAGUCUGCGAAUACGAGGGAGGACACCUAGCCACCUAUCAGCAGCUGGAGGCAGCGAGAAAAAUAGGUUUCCAUGUGUGUGCUGCUGGCUGGAUGGCCAAGGGCAGAGUUGGUUACCCCAUAGUAAAAGCUGGAGCCAACUGUGGUUUUGGAAGAACUGGGAUUGUGGACUAUGGGAUUCGCCUCAACAGAAGUGAGAGAUGGGAUGCCUACUGCUACAACCCAAACGGAAAAGAAUGUGGUGGAGUCUUCACGGAUUCAAAACAUGUUUUUAAGUCACCAGGCUACCCAAACGAGUAUGAAAAUGACCAAAUUUGCUACUGGCAUAUCAGAGUAAAGUAUGGACAGCGGAUUCACCUCCAGUUUCUGGAGUUUGAUGUUGAAGACGACACUGCCUGCAUGGCUGAUUACUUGGAAAUCUAUGACAGCUAUGAUGAUAUCAGUGGUUUUGUGGGCAGGUUUUGUGGAGAUGAGUUGCCAGAUGAUAUCAUUAGCACAGGCAAUGUUAUGACCCUGAAGUUUCUGUCAGAUGCCUCAGUGACUGCUGGUGGGUUUCAAAUUAGGUAUGUUACAAUGGACGUGCCUUCCAAGGCAGGGGAUGGAAAGAACACAACCUCCCAAGGAAGAACAAACUUCUUAUCAGGAAAGUUUGGCAUUAUGUGAGCAGAACAGCACGGUCCACUCACUGGGAAACGUGUUAUAGAACCCAAUUCAGAUACCUGUUUCUUCAGAUCAGACAGGGACAUACGGUCAUUUUCUUCAUAUCUUUCUGACUUUUUAUUGUCUAUCAAUUUUGAUAACAAAGUGUACCAGGAAAUAAAUUAUAAGAUGUAUUUUUAGAUGACAAGUCCUGUAAAAAAAAAACAUUGUUACCAAAGGCUGUAGAACUAUUUUUGUAUAUACAGUGUUCCUGUCCCUCACCUCUUGCACCAUCUGAACAAACUUUUUGUGCAAGCAACGUUUCCAUUAUUUUUUAACUCCUUAUUUCCUUGGUUUUCACAUAUUUAUUUUUUUAGACUGUUGUUUUUUUAUUAUUAUUAACUCAUUCCCCUGAAUUCAAAAGGCCUUUAGAGUCUUCUUGUUCUAAAGACACAUGAAUUCAUCCUGUGGAUGGCCUGGCAGCCACCCAUGCCAUUGCCUGGAGCCUGAAGGUUGUGAAGCAGCGUGAAAAGCACACGACCCAUGGUAAUACCAGUCAUUUUCCUGUGGGAUGGAUCAGAGAGCACUCAGAACAUUUUGCUGGGGUCUCCUCAUGCAAAGAAGAGGUGGCCAAGUCUUUCAUCUUAUCCCAUUGCACGUGGUGAAGAACCGAAUGGAAGACUUGGUGAGAUGGAGCAUCAGGAGGUAUUGCUGCCAGGAAAUCCAUUUGCAAGACACCACUGUGAUGCUGUGUGUUGUUUACGUGGGUUUUGGGAAGACUGUGCUAUGGAUAGAAUUUGUUCUCAUCUUCAGUUUAAAUCCCGCGGUCUGAAGCAGCAUUAAAGCUACCUCUGUUUUAACCUUG